GAGUCACAGAAACCGUCCUGGCCUGGUGUCGCUUCCUCUUUCUGCUUCUCUGUUUCCUAACAACGACGUCAGCAUAAAUAGGAAGCGUGAGAGGCUCCCUGUCGCCUGGACAAUCCAGCAGAAGGCUGAUGCGUCCCAGCAGCAAGAGGUCCAGAGGGGGAGUCCUGGAGAGAGGAUUCACAGGAGCCGGGGGCAUGGGUCUGGCCUGGCCUCCAGCCGGGGAAGAAUAGAAGAUUCCAGGCCAGUGAAAACCCCAGCCCCUGCUCAGCCCUGGACACCCCUGAGCCAGCCACCUGCUGGUCCAGAGCUGACCCAGAGAUGGUCCUGACCCAACGGCUGCUCCCCGUCAUCUUGCUGACUCUGUUCUGGGGGCCCAGCAAGGCAGGGGCCCAAGUGACCACCCCACUGCAGACUCUGAGCUGCUACAAUGACUACAGGAGCCACAUCACCUGCAGGUGGGCUAGCACUCGGGAGGCCCAGCAGCUCAUCAACCUGACGCUCUACCGGAGGCUGAAUGAGGACCCUCCAAAGCCAGUGUCCUGUGACCUCAGUAACGACAUGGCCUUGUUAAGCCACCCUUGUCCUGGCUGUGUGCCCAGAAGAUGUGUCAUUCCCUACGAGAUUUUUGUUAUUGCUGACAAAGACUACUUCUCAUUCCGACCGGACAGGCCUCUGGGGACCCAGCUCACCAUUACUCUGACCCAGCAUGUACAGGCUCCUGCACCCAAGGACCUCCUGAUCGAUACUACUGGGGACCGCUUCCUGCUGACCUGGAGUGUGGCCCUUCCAGAUUCCCAGGGCCACUGGCUGUCCAACCUGGAGUUUGAGGUGGCCUACAAGCGGCUUCAGGACUCCUGGGAGGAGGCCUCCACCCUCCACCUCAACUCCUCCCGGGCUGUCCUGGGGCCAGAGCACCUCGUUCCCAGCAGCACCUAUGUGGCCCGAGUGCGCACCCAUCUGGCCUCCAACUCGGGGCUCUCGGGGCGGCCCAGCCAGUGGAGCCCAGAGGUCCGCUGGCACUCACAGACAGGCGACAAGGCCCAGCCCCAGAACGUUCAGUGCUUCUUCGACGGGGCCGCCGUGCUCAGCUGCUCCUGGGAAGUGUGGUCUGAGGUGACCAGCUCAGUCUCCUUCACCCUCUUCUACAAGCCCAGCCCCAGUGCAGGGGAGGAAGAGUGCUCCCCAGUGCUGAAGGAGGAGCUCCCCAGCCUCUUUGUCCUGCACCGAUGCCAGAUUCCCGUGCCCAACCCCAGGAACCACAGCCAGUACACCGUCUCUGUGCGGCCCAAGGUGGAAGAGAAGUUCAUCAAGAGCUCGGAAAACAUCCAGAUGGCUCGCCCGACACUCAAUGUGACCAAGAACAGAGACGGCUACACCCUGCACUGGAUGGCAAAGGAGAUGUUUUAUAAGCACAUAGGUCACACCUUCCAGGUCCAGUACAAGAAAGAUACAGUCUCAUGGGAGAAGAGCGUGAUGGAGAAGCUUGAGAACGCCCACAGCAUGUCGCUGCCACCACUGGAGCCCUCCACCAGGUACCAGGCGAGAGUGAGGGUCAAGCCCACCAGGGGCUACGACGGGGUCUGGAGCGAGUGGAGUGAGGAGCACUUCUGGGACACCGACUGGGUACUACCCAUGUGGGUCCUGGUGCUCAUCCUGGUCAUCGCCACUCUGGCCUUGUUCCCUGCCCUGCGCUUCUGCGGCAUGUACGGGUACAGGCUGAACCGGAAGUGGGAGGAGAAAAUCCCCAACCCCAGCAAGAGCCACCUGUUCCAGAACGGGAGUGCUGGGCUCUGGCUCCCAGGCACCAUGUUGGCACUCGCCAGCAGGAGCCCCCCGCACAAGGGGCUGCAGGGCAGCCACUUCCCUGAGCUGGACGGGAUGUUCCCUGUCAACUACAGGCACAGCGAGGUGUCCCCUCUCACCACAGAGGACCCAAAGGACGUCUGUGAGUUGCCAUGUGAGCCUGACACAACUCCGGCCACCUCGGACGUGUACUCGGGGCAGGCUCCGGGGCCCCAGCCAGGCCGGUCAGCCGCCGCCACAGGCAGGCCCGAGAGCCAGGCUUCCGGCUUCGACUUCAACGGCCCCUACCUGGGGCUGCCUCGCAGCCACUCCCUGCCUGACUUGGUGGGCCCCCCGGCGCCCCCCCAGGCAGGCGGGAGCCAGAAGCCGCAGCCUUCGGGGUCCCUGGAGUACCUGUGUCUGCCGGCGGGAGGGCAGGUACAGCUGGUCCCGUUGGCCCAGGUGAUGGGACAGCACCAGGCCAAGGAUGCAGAGAGGAACCCUGGCCCGGGGGCUGAGGGGAACCCCUCCCUGGAGUCAGGGGCAGGCCUGGCCCCCUCUGUACCCAGGCUGAUGGCAGGCGGUCAAGGCCCAGAGAACAGCCACAGCCCAAAGGACGGGGUGCUCACAGCUCUGCCCGCUGGCUCUGGGGGCCCCGAGGAUGGCUUUUUGGCCUCUGGCUAUGUCACCACUACAGACCUGGCACUCCCCUUGCCCACAGGGCUGCCAUCUGUCCCCAAAGCUCACCCUCUGGGCCCGCCCUCAGACCAGAACCACAGCCUCAAUCUUGGAGUGGCUGGUGGGCCCCCUGGAGCCUCAGCCCACAGGAAGCCCGAAAUUGAGGGCUAUGUGGAUGUCCCUCCAACCCCAGACCAGUGUCCCAAGUCCCCUCUGGUCAGUCCCGCUCCUCCUACAGCCAGUAGCCCCAUCCUGAACCCAGGGGAGCCCAGAGCAGAGGUGGCCCCCGCCUCCCCCCACCCGGAGGGCCUCCUGGUCCUGCAGCAGGUGGGUGACUACUGCUUCCUCCCUGGCCUGGGAUCUGGCCCUCUCUCGCCCCAGACUAAGUCCUCUUCCCCUGGUCCCUGUCCCGAGAUUGAAGACCAUGACCAGGUGUUCCAGGCCAAGAAGGCCCUGUGCCAGGCCAUUCCCCAGAUGCCAGCCAUCCGGCACUUCAAAGCCCUCAAACAGCAGGACUAUCUGUCAUUGCCCUCCUGGGAUGUCAGCAGGCCUGAGGAGGUGUGCUGACACCCUCCAGAGCCCUGGGACCUUCCCUCCCACCAGCCCCGGCCUUGUCCACACUCCGUUCUGCAAAGCUGAGGAGUGGCUUCCCGUUGGAGCAGAUGGAGGCCAGGAACUUGGUGGACCUCCUGCCUUCUUACUUGACCUUCAGCCAAUCGAUUGUCCUCUCCCUGCUGGCUCCUUCUCUCUCACACAGACAGACAGACACAGACACAUGCACCUUUUUCUUUCAAGUUAACUUAAUUUUAGGUUGACUUAAUUUUGGGUAUUAGGGCUUUCUAAUUUCAUUCUUUUUGCCCCUGGUUUUUUCAUUUGCUUUGUUUUGUUUUGUUUUUAUCAGCUUUCCUGGCUUUUGCCACCAUCUUCUUUGUUUUUUUUGUUUGUUUGUUUUUUGUUUUUUGUUUUUUUUUUUCUGAUUUAUUAUCCGAGGUAGUUUAAGGUCUAAGCUAAGCCCCUUCUGAGAUGUCGCAUCUCAGUCAGAGCCUGUUCUGGCACUGACAUGUCUGGUUAUGUCGAGGGCUUGGGUCUGUGGCCUGGCCCUGCAGGGGAGAAUGCAGCCCCUGUGUGGAGGGAGGCAGGAGCACCCUGCAGACAGACCCGGGAGGGGGAAAGUUUGGGAAUACAGUGCAGGACGGGCCUGCUAGUGGCAGGCCCUGCAGCACCAGGCGUGGUGGCAAAACUGGCAGCAUUGAUGGGCAUUCCCAGCAAUGGGUGUGGUAGGGGGUAUGCAAGAGAAGAGCAGUUCUGAGCUCCUGGGUGGCUGGGGAGGCAGGAACUGCAGGCCCUGCCUUGGGUGGAGGCUAUAACCUGAGAGGGCAGGGUGCCUGCUGCCUGCUGGCUGUGCUGGUGUGCUUUCUGGGUCCGGGCUGGUGGGUCCUGCAGAAGUUCAGAAGUGGAAGGGAGUCCAGAAACCAUGUGCACUCCAGAAAUGUUGGAAAGAACUGCUCAACAAAGGAAAACGAUCAAAGACCUAUACCAUUUUGGGCUUAUGAUCUGAAUCACCCUGCUGCUCUCCCUCCAGAAAAACCUUACAGCUCCCACCUCCACUGGCUUCGGAUCUAUGUCAGGGCCUACACUAAGGAUUAUGGCUUCUUGAAAUCUGUGCCUUUCUGAUAUGCAAAAAAGGCAUUAAAUCGUUUUAAUUUGCAUUAUUUGAUAACUACCAAGUUUGCACGCAUUUUUGUAUUUCUUGGGCACUCGUAUUUUUUGACCGGAAGGGUGUUCACCUUUUCCCAAUUAAGUUUUUAAAACUGUUUACAUGUGUCCUUUCAUCAAUGGUGCACGUUUUCCCCCUAGUUUGUAGUUUGUCUUUUAAUUUUGUGUAUGAGACUUGUAGACCUGCACAAUGUAGACUUUUCUGCAUUUCGAGUAGAUUUGCUGGCUCUGCUGUUGGUGUCAAAUUUGCAAAGGCUUUUCCCACUUCAAAACUCCAUUUGUCCUAAUUUAUAUUUUUCCUAGGGUUUUGUGUGUGUGUGUGUGUGUGUGUGUGUGUGUGUGUGUGUGUUGUGAGCUUUUUGUGUAAGAUUGUGAUGGGUUUGGAUCAUACACAUGCAAGAAGAGCUGCCUUUAUGUUUUCUCCAAAAGAGUGGCCUGGGUGUUUUUUCAGUAGUUGCUUAAACACCCAUUCUUCAUCCAUGUGUCUCAAAUACCACUUUUAAGAUCUAGAAAGUCCCUGAUAUACUUAGGGGGUUUCUAGGCUUGCAAUUUUCCUAUCUUACAUUGCCCUCUCAAUGGCACAGGCCUGUUCUGGUUGUUCCAGCUUUGUAAUGUUUUAACAAGUGCAGACCCAAUGUUCUUGUGACUUUUGUUGUCGAAGCCCUGUUCAGUACAGCAAUGUUGGGGGGUGGGUUGGGGGGAAUUAUAAACAAUGUAAAUAUUCACAAAUAGUGACAUGUUACAAUAAUAACACUUUAGGUGACUCUCAAGUAGACUCCUGUGUUACAGAUGAAUGAGGUAGUCCUACAUGGAUUAGAAAGAAAUCCAAGAUAAUGAAUUCCAAAAUGUUCAGACAUUGUUAGCUGAAAAAAAUUGCAAUAAAAUGUUUUUAUUGUAAAACAAA